AUGCUCUGGUACCGUACAUUUCCUCUGAACUGCCAACGACAUUGCGGACAGCAGUUAGAGUGUUUGCAGAGAAGAAAGUGCUUACAGAGGGGAUUGAAGAGAUGGACAUUGCGAUUAACAUCGAAGGCGUAUUGCACAAUCGCAAGCCUCGGCGAGAUGGCUCGGUCGAUGUCAUCAUCGUUGUCGACAACGGGUAUGCUUCAUGCCAACGGAAAGGAGUGUCUUAGACUGAUCGACUGCGCAGAUACUACGUGA